AUGGCUUUACUCACCUCACUAUACAACCUCAUCCAAGCCGUGCGGGGCACCAACCCAACGUUCCUCACAGAGCAGCAUGUACCCAGCGCCAACCUAAAAGGAAAAUGGAUCGUGAUAACAGGAUCCAACAACGGCGUAGGAUUUGAAGCAGCCAAAUCCUUCGCAGCAUGGGGCGCAAAUCUAAUACUCGCCUGUCGUGAGCCGCCAACAUGGGAGCUGCAUCCUGCCGCCGCCGCAAAGGAGUGUAAGGAUCUUGCCGAGGCACAGGGCCACGAAUCCACUGUUGAAUGGUGGGAGAUUGAUAUGGCGGAUCUCGGAAGCGUCGAGGCUUUCGCCCGCCGUUGGCUGGACUCUGAUCGCGCUCUGGAUAUCCUAUGCAACAAUGCCGGGAUUGCUGCGCCGGCGAGGCCUAAUGAGAAGCCUCGUCUGACGAAAGAUGGUUUCCAGCUCCUUCAUCAGGUCAACUUGCUCUCCCAUGUCCUACUGACCCUCCGACUCCUCCCCUCUCUAGCGCGCGCCCCCCAGCCGCGCAUAAUCUGCACAACAUCAUGCGUCCACCAUCUUGGAACUCUAGACCUAGCGCACUUCGACUGCGGCCCAGGAAUGGUAGGCAGCGAUUAUCAAAACAACAAGCUUUAUUUCCAGAUGUGGGUUGCAGAGCUGCAGUCCCGAUUCCUCAAACACCCGGAAUACCUACACAUCACGGUCAACGGCAUCCAUCCCGGUUUUGUUGCUUCCGGUAUUUGGAAUAUGCUCAAAGAUGAUAGUGGGUCUGCGAAUCCGGUUAUCGGGUUCUUCUUACGGCGUCUUGCUAUCACCUCGCAGCAGGGUGGUUUUGCUAUUACCAAUGCCGCUAGUAAUCCGGUUUUUGGGCCUGAUCCUCGCACGCAGGGGAUUGGUGAGGAUGUUGGGAGGGGUGGUGGGAAGUAUAUCAAUCGUAUUUGGGAGGCUUCGGCGAGGGCUGAAUGUGACGAUCCUGAGGCUCGGUCAAGGGUGUGGAGUAAACUCAAUGAGGAGCUCCAUCUUGAAGAAAAGGGGCUUUUGAAUAUUUUGGGCCUUUGA